UGUAAUUCUCACUAUGUUGCGAAACGAAAUCAACCCUCGAGUUAACCUAUUUGUUAUAUUGUGCUCGUCGCUGAUAUCUGUAGCGGUAACGUGUACAGAUAAUAGAAUUUCCGUAAUGCUGAAAACUUAAGCAGUUUAAACUACUUGAACUUUCCGGUGGUGGUAUUGUGUACAUAUUACGAGCAGUUAUUCAAGUAUAACAUCAAAAUUGUUGAUUAACUACAAUUUAUCACGAUAUAUUAAUAACAGAGAACCAAAUGGCCUCGGCUGCGAUGUCACCAACCGAUGACGACGAGCUCACCCUCCCUCGCGCCUCAAUCAACAAAAUAAUCAAGGAAAUUUUGCCGCACGUCCGAGUUGCCAACGAAUCCAGAGAGCUCAUCCUGAACUGCUGCACGGAGUUCAUUCAUUUGCUAUCGUCCGAAGCGAAUGAAAUCUGUAAUCAACAACAGAAGAAGACUAUAAAUGCAGAACACGUUCUGCAAGCCCUCGAGAAGUUAGGCUUCGGCGACUACAACGCGGAAGCUGAAGCUGUGCUACGAGACUGCAAGGCCGUAGCGGCUAAGAGGAGGCGUCAAAGCACCAGAUUGGAGAACUUAGGGAUUCCGGAGGAGGAGCUGUUACGACAGCAACAGGAGCUGUUUGCUAAGGCGAGAGAGGAACAGGCAGUCGCGGAGCAGCAGCAAUGGCAACAAUUACAAGCUGUUGCACAAAUGGCGUCUAUGCAGCAAGCUGACAGUGAGCAGGAAGAUUAUUCAUAAACCACUUCAAAUGUGACAUAUGCUAGGAAGCAGUUUCAUUUGUUCAUUAAGAAGGAAGAUAUUUUAUAGAAUAAAGAAAUUUCACGGAGACGAAAGCAAUAGCGAUGAAACAUGGAAGCGAGGAAUGUUGGACGUAAACGUUUUGUUAUACGUACAAGCCAUUGUAAGCGUGUGUGCAUCACCAAAACGGAAUUAUCAGCAGAGCUACGAGAAUGAAAACUGCGCAAAGUGGACUGAUGGUAAAGCUAUAUUAAUUCUUGAACCUGCUGCGACUGCCUUUGACGUUCAGAUGCAAGCAAAAUAACUUUAUUCUGUAUUAUAUCCGUAUUGUACAUUGAACACAGUUUAAUUUAAUAUAUUAUAAUUUAUAAAAGCAAUAUAUCUCAUAUAAUAAAACAAACAAAUUAUACCUC